UGAGCCGUGGCCCCUUCAUGUGGAUAGAGCUACGCUGAGAUGGGCCCUAACAAACAUCACCCCUUUCUGAAGCAUUAAAUACAGAGAAUUAUCUGAAGACAUCAGAGUCCAUUUGGAAAGAUUAAUCAUCCAUCACCAAAUUAGAAGGCCUCACACAUGGUCAUGCAGUUCAUCUAACAGAACACAGCUCAGGGUUUUUUUUUAAGUGCAGGAGUCUCUGGAGAGGGUAAAAGGUGCAACACUCGUGGGAGGGAUCUUGACGUCUAACAUCGGCUCAGUGAGGGAUUCAGACGCGCAGAGCGCGCUGCGCCUCUCCACAAGUGACAGUGCCAACACAAUAUCAAGAGAACACUGGACCCACUGCACCAUUAUCAUAAAAAACUAUGAUUUAGAGAGCGAUCUGCGUCGUACAAAAAGAUAUGAUGGAUCUCCAUAAUCUUCUGGACUGCAGGUGGAUCGUUUUUUUCCAAAUCGGAUUUAUCCGCGUGUGUUUUCGCGGAGACGCGCAUCUGAAGAUCUAGCCGUGUAUGGAUUUGACUCCGCUCAUUUAAUCGAGAGAUCACAGAGCUGGAUUAUCAUUCAGGUGAACCCUGGAUACUACAUUAUACUUUGCGUUCCCACAAUGUAUGGAAUAAAUCAGCGCUGCUUGUACAUCUCUUUUCACUUCUUCGUGGUGUGGGGUCACGCGCAGGGGGAGAAGAAUCACCCUUCUCCUAAUUUUAAGCAGUAUGUGAGGGACCAGGGCUCGGUGACGGACCAGCUGAGCCGGCGGCAGGUUCGAGUCUAUCAGCUGUACAGCAGGACCAGCGGCAGACACGUGCAGGUCCCGGGCAGGAGAGUGAGCGCCACCGCCGAGGACGGGAACACUUUCGCCAGACUUUAUGUGGAGACGGACACCUUCGGAAGUCGUGUUCGGAUCAAAGGAGCAGAAAGUGGCAGAUACCUGUGCAUGAACCGCAGGGGGAAACUAGUGGGCAAGCCUAAUGGCAGAGGAAGGGACUGCAUCUUCACAGAGAUCGUCCUGGAGAACAACUACACUGCUUUCCAGAACGCUAAAUAUGAGGGCUGGUACAUGGCCUUCAGCAGAAAGGGUCGGCCCAUCAAAGCUUCCAAAACCAGGGAGACCCAGCGGGAGGUUCACUUCAUCAAGCGCCUCCACAAAGGACCGCUCCCCUUCCCAAACUCGGACCAACCCAAACACUUUGAUUUCAUCAGCUUUCCACCGACCCGACGGGCGAAACGCAACAGAAAAGCCCACUCUGCUUCCUAACACCACGCCAAACAAACCCAUCUGACUGUUUUCCUGUGAAUAAAAAGAAGAGGCAGCUUUAUUUUUACAUAUUUUCUUAGUAAAGGACUUGGAAAAAGCCAACAACACUGAAUGGAUGCUCAUUGGGGUGACUUGUAAAUAAGGUAAGAUAGUAAAAGAGAAUCUAUAUAUUUAAUUAUACAUGGUAUUUGUAUGUGUGUUUUAUGUUAGCAUUUUGUAAAGGCUUUAAGACAAUAUGCUCAAUAUUAAACACAAUAAAAUAGCAAUUUCCAUUUGAGGGCAUUAUAAAUGUAAAAUGAAAUAUAAAUCAACAUCAGUUUCAAACGAAGAUGUUUGACAUUACCUCAUGUCUAAGUAAAGAUGAGUCUUCAAACGAUUGCUUGCUAUCUAUAAUGUACUUUUAGCAACAAUAAAAUGUAGGGGUCAGUAAGAUUUAACAGUUUACAUUGUGUGUUUUCUUUUUAAGAAAUUAAUUAUUUUAUUCAACAAGGAUGCAUUAAAUUGAUAAAGAGUGACAAAGAUAAGCAAAUGAUCAUAUUAGGAUGAUUUCUGAAGGAUCAUGUGACACUAAAGACUGGAGUAAUGAUGCUGAAACCAGUGUCUUUGCUGCUAACCUUCAAUGAGCUAAUUUAACCAUACGAAUAAGCAAAAAUAACUUUGUUAAAAGUCACAUUUUUGUUUCAUUGUCGAAGUAAGAGUGUUGAACUUUCUUCUUCAUGUAAUCCAGACUGACAGCAGCACAUCUGGAAGCUGCACUUAACACACAGGUGAAACACACUAAAGACAUGCUUGUCAGCAUCACUAACAUCAGUUUGCUUAAGUUAAUAUCACACCAUGCUGACUGAAUUGGUGAUCUUUCUUGUGUUAUUGUUGUAUGUUCUGCAUUAUCGUUAAAUUAUUGUGCAUUAUCAUUAAAAU